AUGCAUCAUCAUGCAUGUGAUACGCAAAGAGCUGGGAGGGUGGCAGCCGUGCACGUGUACAGUGACGUGCAUGGGUACAAGGCGUUCGCUGGGGCCAUCCUCUUCGGACUCAAUGACGUGCAUGGGUACAGCGACGUGCAUGGGUACAGCGACGUGCAUGGGUACAGUGACGUGCAUGGGUACAGUGACGUGCAUGGGUACAGUGACGUGCAUGGGUACAGCGACGUGCAUGGGUACAGCGACGUGCAUGGGUACAGCGACAUGCAUGGGUACGGGUACAGUGACGUGCAUGGGUACAGUGACGUGCAUGGGUACAGUGACGUGCAUGGGUACAGUGACGUGCAUGGGUACAGUGACGUGCAUGGGUACAGUGACGUGCAUGGGUACAGUGACGUGCAUGGGUACAGCGACGUGCAUGGGUACAGUGACGUGCAUGGGUACAGCGACGUGCAUGGGUACAGUGACGUGCAUGGGUACAGUGACGUGCAUGGGUACAGCGACGUGCAUGGGUACAGUGACGUGCAUGGGUACAGCGACGUGCAUGUGUACAGCGACGUGCAUGGGUACAGUGACGUGCAUGGGUACAGUGACGUGCAUGGGUACACUGACGUGCAUGGGUACAGUGACGUGCAUGGGUACAGCGACGUGCAUGGGUACAGCGACGUGCAUGGGUACAGCGACAUGCAUGGGUACGGGUACAGUGACGUGCAUGGGUACAGUGACGUGCAUGGGUACAGUGACGUGCAUGGGUACAGUGACGUGCAUGGGUACAGUGACGUGCAUGGGUACAGUGACGUGCAUGGGUACAGCGACGUGCAUGGGUACAGUGACGUGCAUGGGUACAGCGACGUGCAUGGGUACAGUGACGUGCAUGGGUACAGUGACGUGCAUGGGUACAGCGACGUGCAUGGGUACAGUGACGUGCAUGGGUACAGUGACGUGCAUGGGUACAGUGACGUGCAUGGGUACAGCGACGUUCAUGUGUACAGUGACGUGCAUGGGUACAGCGACGUGCAUGGGUACAGUGACGUGCAUGGGUACAGUGACGUGCAUGGGUACAGUGACGUGCAUGGGUACAGUGACGUGCAUGGGUACAGUGACGUGCAUGGGUACAGCGACGUGCAUGGGUACAGCGACGUGCAUGGGUACAGUGACGUGCAUGGGUACAGUGACGUGCAUGGGUACAGUGACGUGCAUGGGUACAGCGACGUGCAUGGGUACAGCGACGUGCAUGGGUACAGCGACAUGCAUGGGUACGGGUACAGUGACGUGCAUGGGUACAGUGACGUGCAUGGGUACAGUGACGUGCAUGGGUACAGUGACGUGCAUGGGUACAGUGACGUGCAUGGGUACAGUGACGUGCAUGGGUACAGUGACGUGCAUGGGUACAGCGACGUGCAUGGGUACAGUGACGUGCAUGGGUACAGCGACGUGCAUGGGUACAGUGACGUGCAUGGGUACAGCGACGUGCAUGUGUACAGCGACGUGCAUGGGUACAGUGACGUGCAUGGGUACAGUGACGUGCAUGGGUACAGUGACGUGCAUGGGUACAGCGACGUUCAUGUGUACAGUGACGUGCAUGGGUACAGCGACGUGCAUGGGUACAGUGACGUGCAUGGGUACAGUGACGUGCAUGGGUACAGCGACGUGCAUGUGUACAGCGACGUGCAUGGGUACAGGGACGUGCAUGGGUACAGUGACGUGCAUGGGUACAGUGACGUGCAUGGGUACAGUGACGUGCAUGGGUACAGCGACGUGCAUGGGUACAGCGACGUGCAUGGGUACAGCGACAUGCAUGGGUACGGGUACAGUGACGUGCAUGGGUACAGUGACGUGCAUGGGUACAGUGACGUGCAUGGGUACAGUGACGUGCAUGGGUACAGUGACGUGCAUGGGUACAGUGACGUGCAUGGGUACAGCGACGUGCAUGGGUACAGUGACGUGCAUGGGUACAGCGACGUGCAUGGGUACAGUGACGUGCAUGGGUACAGCGACGUGCAUGUGUACAGCGACGUGCAUGGGUACAGUGACGUGCAUGGGUACAGUAACGUGCAUGGGUACAGUGACGUGCAUGGGUACAGCGACGUUCAUGUGUACAGUGACGUGCAUGGGUACAGCGACGUGCAUGGGUACAGCGACGUGCAUGUGUACAGCGACGUGCAUGUGUACAGUGACGUGCAUGGGUACAGCGACGUGCAUGUGUACAGCGACGUGCAUGGGUACAGUGCCGUGCAUGGGUACAGUGACGUGCAUGUGUACAGCACAGCGACGUUCAUGGAUACAAGCGACGUGCAUGGGUACAGCGACGUGCAUGGGUACAGCGACGUGCAUGGGUACAGUGACGUGCAUGGGUACAGUGACGUGCAUGGGUACAGUGACGUGCAUGGGUACAGCGACGUGCAUGGGUACAGCGACGUGCAUGGGUACAGCGACAUGCAUGGGUACGGGUACAGUGACGUGCAUGGGUACAGUGACGUGCAUGGGUACAGUGACGUGCAUGGGUACAGUGACGUGCAUGGGUACAGUGACGUGCAUGGGUACAGUGACGUGCAUGGGUACAGUGACGUGCAUGGGUACAGCGACGUGCAUGGGUACAGUGACGUGCAUGGGUACAGUGACGUGCAUGGGUACAGUGACGUGCAUGGGUACAGCGACGUGCAUGUGUACAGCGACGUGCAUGGGUACAGUGACGUGCAUGGGUACAGUGACGUGCAUGGGUACAGUGACGUGCAUGGGUACAGCGACGUUCAUGUGUACAGUGACGUGCAUGGGUACAGCGACGUGCAUGGGUACAGUGACGUGCAUGGGUACAGUGACGUGCAUGGGUACAGCGACGUGCAUGUGUACAGCGACGUGCAUGGGUACAGUGACGUGCAUGGGUACAGUGACGUGCAUGGGUACAGUGACGUGCAUGGGUACAGUGACGUGCAUGGGUACAGCGACGUGCAUGGGUACAGCGACGUGCAUGGGUACAGCGACAUGCAUGGGUACGGGUACAGUGACGUGCAUGGGUACAGUGACGUGCAUGGGUACAGUGACGUGCAUGGGUACAGUGACGUGCAUGGGUACAGUGACGUGCAUGGGUACAGUGACGUGCAUGGGUACAGCGACGUGCAUGGGUACAGUGACGUGCAUGGGUACAGCGACGUGCAUGGGUACAGUGACGUGCAUGGGUACAGCGACGUGCAUGUGUACAGCGACGUGCAUGGGUACAGUGACGUGCAUGGGUACAGUGACGUGCAUGGGUACAGCGACGUUCAUGUGUACAGUGACGUGCAUGGGUACAGCGACGUGCAUGGGUACAGCGACGUGCAUGUGUACAGCGACGUGCAUGUGUACAGUGACGUGCAUGGGUACAGCGACGUGCAUGUGUACAGCGACGUGCAUGGGUACAGUGACGUGCAUGGGUACAGUGACGUGCAUGUGUACAGCACAGCGACGUUCAUGGAUACAAGGGUGAGCAUGAAGGCCAAGGAGGUGGUGGCGGAACUAGGGGAACCGGAUGUGAAAGAAGGGGGGGGCAGCAGUGAACCCCUGAGCAUGAAGGCCAAGGAGGUGGUGGCGGCACUAGGGGAACCAGACGUGAAAGCAGGGGGGGGCAGCAGUGGGGCGGUGACGGUGAUAUACUCGCAGCUGAAGCCGGCACUGCAGCGAGACAUUGGGCUGCAGGUCACGUUUGUGGGGCGCAGCUGGGAGGAUGCUGACAAUGCUAUAGACUGCAUCACUCUCCCGGUGCGCGUCGCUCGCACGCGACAGUCGCACGACGAGUACCUCCGUCAGCGACAGCUGAGCGACCGUGAGCGAAAACUGACCGACAUCGUCAAUCGCGGCUCUCGGCCUCCGCUGCACCUGGUCGAAACGAAAGCCAGCUUCGACAAGGAGCACCGCGAGGAGGAGCUCCGCAAACAGGGAGGCGCCGCGUCGGACGGGUCGUCCGCCACUCCCAUCCAAUACUGGGGCGGUCCCGUGCUGAGCGGAAACACGCUGAACGUGUACUUGAUCUACUACGGCUUCUGGCCAAAGCAAUCCGCGCAGACUGUGAUUGAGAAUUUCAUUCGGUCGCUGAGUCUAAGAGGCGCCGAUGCGCAGGGGGAAGCCGCGGAUCCGAAAGUGAGCAGCUGGUGGGCGACCAGCUCGAAAUACUACUCGCAGGCAUCUGAUGGGUCCGCGCCCACUGUCAGCACGGAGGUGAAGCUCGCGAAGGUCAUCUACGACAAAGGGUCGCAAGGGAAGAAAUUCAACGCCAACACUCCCUGGAAAGUUGUGAAGAGCAAGAUUGGCUCGGGAAAGCCGUUCCCGUACGACGCCAAUGGCAUCUACCUGCUUCUCACCAGCACCAACAUAAAGGUCUCUGGCUUCUGCACAGAGUACUGCGGGUAUCACACGAUGGAUCGCCUCGGCUCCAAGUCUGUCGCGUAUUCCCUCGUGGGUCAUCACGGAUUGUGCCCCGGAAACUGCGGUGCGAAGCAGACUUCGCCCAACGGGAAGCCGUGGCUGGACGCGAUGGUUUCGACGAUCGCUCACGAGAUCGCGGAGGCCGCGACGGAUCCCAAUGCCCGCAGCGGCUGGUUCGAUGCCAACGGGGAGGAGAACGCUGAUAAGUGCAGCUACGAGUACGGAGAGACGCAAACAGCUCAGAAUGUGUAUGGUGACGAUGCGGAGUACAACCUGGUGGGGCUCAACGGUAUGAAGUUCAUGGUGCAGCAGAACUGGGACGUGGCCACGGACUCGUUUCCAGGGGGUGUGGUGGGUGAAUGGGAAAUGUGGGUUGAGGAUAGGAGCGAGAGAAGUGAGAAGACUGGUGGGGAGGACAUAUACAACAGGGGUGGAAACAUAUACAUCAUCCCAUCCCACCAUCUCUGCUCCUCUUCCCAUCCCACCAUCUCUUCUCAUCAUCCCAUCCCACCAUCUCUGCUCCUCAUCCCAUCCCACCAUCUCUCCUCAUCAUCCCAUCCCACCAUCUCCGCUCCUCAUCCCAUCCCACCAUUUCUGCUCCUCAUCCCAUCCCACCAUCUCUGCUCCUCAUCCCAUCCCACCAUCUCUGCUCAUCAUCCCAUCCAACAGGGCUCUCCUCAUCAUCCCAUCCCACCAUCUCAGCUCAUCAUCCCAUCCCACCAACUCUGUUCAUCAUCCCAUCCUACCAUCUCUACUCAUCAUCCCAUCCCACCAUCUCUCCUCAUCAUCCCAUCCCACCAUCUCUGCUCAUCAUCCCAUCCCACCAUCUCUGCUCCUCAUCUCAUCCCACCAUCUCUAGUUCUCAUCCCAUCCCACCAUCUCUCCUCCUCAUCCCAUCCCACCAUCUCUGCUCCUCAUCCCAUCCCACCAUCUCUGCUCAUCAUCCCAUCCAACAGGGGUGUAAACAGAAAUAUUUUGAUAUAUUUACAAUAUCAAGAAUGUAAGCGUUGGAAACAAUUCACCUCAUCCCAUCCCACCAUCUCUACUCAUCAUCCCAUCCCACCAUCUCUUCUCAUCAUCCCAUCCCAUCAUCUCUGCUCAUCAUCCCAUCCCACCAUCUCUGCUCCUCAUCCCAUCCCACCAUCUCUGCUCCUCAUCCCAUCCCACCAUCUCUGCUCCUCAUCUCAUCCCACCAUCUCUAGUUCUCAUCCCAUCCCACCAGCUCUCCUCAUCAUCCCAUCCCACCAUCUCAGCUCAUCAUCCCAUCCCACCAACUCUGUUCAUCAUCCCAUCCUACCAUCUCUGCUCCUCAUCCCAUCCCACCAUCUCUACUCAUCAUCCCAUCCCAUCAUCUCUGCUCAUCAUCCCAUCCCACCAUCUCUGCUCCUCAUCCCAUCCCACCAUCUCUGCUCCUCAUCCCAUCCCACCAUCUCUGCUCCUCAUCUCAUCCCACCAUCUCUAGUUCUCAUCCCAUCCCACCAGCUCUCCUCAUCAUCCCAUCCCACCAUCUCAGCUCAUCAUCCCAUCCCACCAACUCUGUUCAUCAUCCCAUCCUACCAUCUCUGCUCCUCAUCCCAUCCCACCAUCUCUCCUCAUCAUCCCAUCCCACCAUCUCUGCUCAUCAUCCCAUCCAACAGGGUUCUCAUCCCAUCCCACCAGCUCUCCCCAUCAUCCCAUCCCACCAUCUCAGCUCAUCAUCCCAUCCCACCAACUCUGUUCAUCAUCCCAUCCUACCAUCUCUACUCAUCAUCCCAUCCCACCAUCUCUCCUCAUCAUCCCAUCCCACCAUCUCUGCUCAUCAUCCCAUCCCACCAUCUCUGCUCCUCAUCUCAUCCCACCAUCUCUAGUUCUCAUCCCAUCCCACCAGCUCUCCUCAUCAUCCCAUCCCACCAUCUCAGCUCAUCAUCCCAUCCCACCAACUCUGUUCAUCAUCCCAUCCCACCAUCUCUCCUCAUCAUCCCAUCCCACCAUCUCUGCUCAUCAUCCCAUCCCACCAUCUCUCCUCAUCAUCCCAUCCCACCAUCUCUCCUCAUCAUCCCAUCCCACCAUCUCUGCUCAUCAUCCCAUCCCACCAUCUCUCCUCAUCAUCCCAUCCCACCAUCUCUCCUCAUCAUCCCAUCCCACCAUCUCUGCUCCUCAUCCCAUCCCACCAUCUCUCCUCAUCAUCCCAUCCCACCAUCUCUGCUUAUCAUCCCAUCCAACAGGGGUGUAAACAGAAAUAUUUUGAUAUAUUUACAAUAUCAAGAAUGUAAGCGUUGGAAACAAUUCACCUCAUCCCAUCCCACCAUCUCUACUCAUCAUCCCAUCCCACCAUCUCUUCUCAUCAUCCCAUCCCAUCAUCUCUGCUCAUCAUCCCAUCCCACCAUCUCUGCUCCUCAUCCCAUCCCACCAUCUCUGCUCCUCAUCCCAUCCCACCAUCUCUGCUCCUCAUCCCAUCCCACCAUCUCUGCUCCUCAUCCCAUCCCACCAUCUCUGCUCAUCAUCCCAUCCCACCAUCUCUUCUCAUCAUCCCAUCCCAUCAUCUCUGCUCAUCAUCCCAUCCCAUCAUCUCUGCUCCUCAUCCCAUCCCACCAUCUCUACUCAUCAUCCCAUCCCACCAUCUCUUCUCAUCAUCCCAUCCCAUCAUCUCUGCUCCUCAUCCCAUCCCACCAUCUCUGCUCCUCAUCCCAUCCCACCAUCUCUGCUCCUCAUCCCAUCCCACCAUCUCUGCUCCUCAUCCCAUCCCACCAUCUCUGCUCCUCAUCCCAUCCCACCAUCUCUGCUCCUCAUCCCAUCCCACCAUCUCUGCUCCUCAUCCCAUCCCACCAUCUCUGCUCCUCAUCCCAUUUCACCAUCUCUGCUCCUCAUCCCAUCCCACCAUCUCUUCUCAUCAUCCCAUCCCAUCAUCUCUGCUCCUCAUCCCAUCCCACCAUCUCUGCUCCUCAUCCCAUCCCACCAUCUCUGCUCCUCAUCCCAUCCCACCAUCUCUGCUCCUCAUCCCAUCCCACCGUCUCUCCUCAUCAUCCCAUCCCACCAUCUCUGCUCCUCAUCCCAUCCCACCAUCUCUGCUCCUCAUCCCAUCCCACCAUCUCUGCUCCUCAUCCCAUCUCACCAUCUCUGCUCCUCAUCCCAUCCCACCAUCUCUGCUCCUCAUCCCAUCCCACCGUCUCUGCUCCUCAUCCCAUCCCACCGUCUCUGCUCCUCAUCCCAUCCCACCAUCUCUGCUCCUCAUCCCAUCCCACCAUCUCUGCUCCUCAUCCCAUCCCACCAUCUCUGCUCCUCAUCCCAUCCCACCAUCUCUGCUCCUCAUCCCAUCCCACCGUCUCUGCUCCUCAUCCCAUCCCACCGUCUCUGCUCCUCAUCCCAUCCCACCGUCUCUGCUCCUCAUCCCAUCCCACCGUCUCUGCUCCUCAUCCCAUCCCACCAUCUCUGCUCCUCAUCCCAUCCCACCAUCUCUGCUCCUCAUCCCAUCCCACCAUCUCUGCUCCUCAUCCCAUCCCACCAUCUCUGCUCCUCAUCCCAUCCCACCAUCUCUGCUCCUCAUCCCAUCCCACCAUCUCUGCUCCUCAUCCCAUCCCACCAUCUCUGCUCCUCAUCCCAUCCCACCGUCUCUGCUCCUCAUCCCAUCCCACCGUCUCUGCUCCUCAUCCCAUCCCACCAUCUCUGCUCCUCAUCCCAUCCCACCAUCUCUGCUCCUCAUCCCAUCCCACCAUCUCUGCUCCUCAUCCCAUCCCACCAUCUCUGCUCCUCAUCCCAUCCCACCAUCUCUGCUCCUCAUCCCAUCCCACCAUCUCUGCUCCUCAUCCCAUCCCACCAUCUCUGCUCCUCAUCCCAUCCCACCAUCUCUGCUCCUCAUCCCAUCCCACCAUCUCUGCUCCUCAUCCCAUCCCACCAUCUCUGCUCCUCAUCCCAUCCCAUCAUCUCUGCUCCUCAUCCCAUCCCACCAUCUCUGCUCCUCAUCCCAUCCCACCAUCUCUCCUCAUUAUCCCAUCCCACCGUCUUUCCUCAUCAUCCCAUCCCACCAUCUCUGCUCCUCAUCCCUUCCCACCAUCUCUGCUCCUCAUCCCAUCCCACCAUCUCUGCUCCUCAUCUCAUCCCACCAUCUCUGUUUUUUAUGAUGGCAAAUAA